AUGGUGGAUACACCCAAAGAGAAUAACGGUGAGGACAAGGAAAAGCCAGUUGAGGACGAGCCUCCCAAGACACAACCAAAGCGCCGGCGUCAGCGGCGCCGCUCUAAAUCCUGCUGCAGCAAGGACAGCAACACCGACACAGGAGACGAUCACACUCUGGACGGGGCCGAAGACAGAGAAGAUCCCGACGAACAAACGGCGAACAGGACGAUCGGGAAGAUGGGCAAGUCAGCCCUAAUGAACAGGCCACAAACGAUGACUCGGAGGGUAGCACUUAUCUUCCACCCUCCGAGGAUGAGCUUCUGUUCGAGCGGGCCGCCAGCUCCUCCGCGACUUGCCUCCCGUGUGCGAGCCCCCGUCCGUGCUGGUGCAGGCCACCACCCCGAGCUCCCCGCUCCCCGUUCGCGCUUGCCCCGCUCGGCUCCGGCCUCCCGCCGGCUCCUGCGCCGCGCCCCCGCGCGGCCCCGGGCUCGUACCCGCGUCCUCCGCCAGGUGCCAGUGUGCUUGGCCUCGCCCGGCCGCCCCGCACCCCGGCGGCGCACCCGGGUCCGACCCGCCUCGGCCGGCCACAGCUACGCCCGCGCCGGCUCCCCCUCGCCUCCGCCUGGCCGGAGCGCCUUCGCCAGCCACCGCCUCCAGCCACCUGCGCGCCCGCACCAUGAGCUCAGCCUCCCGUCGCAGGCGCCGCUUGGCCCCCCGUCCAGCUUCGCGCCCGCCGGCCUCCCGCCCUCCGCGCAACCCGGCCCGGCCGGCUCCGUGCCUCCCGGGUUCGGCUCCCCCCGCGCCGACUCACUGCCUUGCCCACCCGCCGGCUCCCGCGGGCCGGCGUCGCCUUGCCUCGGCCGCCUGGCCCCGCUAGUCGGCGUCCGCCUCGUCGCUCCUCCGUGCUGA